GUUGGUUUCUAAUGACAACAAAAUAAUUCGAAGUCUCUAGGAUUUGUACACCAACUUUAGAUUAUUUAGUGGACUUGGUGUAGUUGCUGUUAGUUAUAUUUCUGAAAACCACCAGACAGACUUGAGUCUGUAAAAACAUCAGUAUGGCAGAUCUUCGCGAAGAAUUCAAUACACUAAAACUCGAGAGAAUUAUUGGUUUUAAUGGCUCUGUGGUCGGUGGAUUAAAAAUGCACCCGGAUAGAAAGCACUUAAUAUACCCAUUAGGUUGCAAUAUAAUCAUUGAAGAUAUUUCCACAGAUUGUUCUCAAAGAAUACUGUCAAAACAUACUGAUGAAGUUACCUGCUUGGCUAUAUCCAAAUCUGGAAAAUAUCUUGCAACAGGUCAAGUGACACACAUGGGAUUUAAGGCUACAAUCAUUAUCUGGGACUACGCAAGAGGAGAACCAAUUCAUAAUUUGCCUUUACUGCAUAAAGUAAAAGUUGAAUCUCUAACUUUUUCCUGUGAAGACCGCUACCUUAUAUCAUUAGGUGGACAGGAUGAUGGAUCUGUGGUGGUGUGGGAUACAAUAACAGGAGAGGCGAUAUGUGGAUCUCAAGCACAAGUUAAAAGUGCUGGAAAUACAUACUGUGUUUGUGCUUCAAACAGUAAAGAUGAUGUAUUUGUAACAGGUGGAGAAAAUACUCUGAGAGUUUGGCAGUUAGAUGUAGAAAAUCGUAAAAUUCGACCGACAGACGUAAAUUUGGGAGGUUUAAAAAGAAUAGUAAAAUGUAUUGAGAUGGUUGAUGAGCAAGAUCCUCCAUAUUUCUUCUGUGGAACCACAACCGGUGAUAUUCUUGUUGUCAACAUGGACUCCCAGCGUCUGCAGUUUGUUGUUCCAGAGAAAAAUAAAUUCAGCCUCGGGGUGACUGCAUUAGCGUUUGUUAGAAUUUCGGAAAGAGAUGAACACUUGAACAGAGAUGGCACCAAAACAUGUUUACCCACAUUUGAAUUUUUGGUUGGAGCAGGGGAUGGGGAACUUGGAGAAUAUAAGAUAAAAUUGUCUGUUCAGGCCAACAAAGUAAAGGCAACAAUGGUUCACAAACAAAAUGUCAAACCCUGGAGAGAUACCUCGUUCAAAAAUAAAUGUAAUUCCAUAACAUCAAUAGCGCUAAGAGGUGGAGGCCACCAGUUUUUCGUUGGCAGUGGUCAUUCCCAGAUCUACAGAUUCAAUUAUGCGGAAUUCAAAUGUGAACUAACCAAAACCUGCCAUUCCAAACAAGUUAAUGAUGCAGUUUUUCCAUUUGGAACAUCAGAACUGAUUGUAACAUGUCAAGAUGAAGAAAUACGAAUCUGGCAGUUAUCAACUGGUAAAGAAAUUCGACGACAUGUUGUUUCUAAUUUAACCUGUAAUGCUGUGUGUAUAACAAGGGAUGGUUCCAGUAUCUACUCAGCUUGGGCUGAUGGUAAAAUAAGAGCGUUUGGAUUUGAUCCCAAGACAUCGAACAUAGUGGACAAAUGUGUUAUAAAUGAAGCCCACAAUAAAGGUGUAACGGCUAUAGCCUGUACAUCAGAUGGUAGAUGUAUUAUUAGUGGCGGGGGCGAAGGACAAGUAAGGAUUUGGUCCAUACAAGAAAAUUACGAUGCCCGUGGAAAGAAAGUCUACAGAGGCGUUCUAAUUGAAACGAUGAAAGAACAUAAAGGUUCUGUAUCAGCAAUCAAGGUUCGAGACAAUGACAAAGAAUGUACAUCUGCUAGUACAGAUGGUACCUGCAUCAUAUGGGAUCUAGAAAAAAAAGUUAGAAGUCAGAUUGUUUUCGCCAAUACAUUAUUCCAGUGUGUUGGUUAUGGAGCUGAUGCCUGCCAUAUUGUGACUUGUGGCACUGAUAGGAAAAUUGGUUACUGGGAAACAUUUGAUGGUUCUCUGAUUAGAGAACUAGAUGGUUCUUUAGCUGGUGCUAUAAAUGCUUUGGAUACAUCCCCAGAUGGAAAAUACUUUGUUACUGGUGGAGAAGAGAAGUUGUUAAAGGUGUGGAGGUAUGAUGAAGGAGAAGUUACCAAUGUUGGUAUUGGACACAGUGCAGCUAUUACUAAAGUCCGAAUUUGUCCUAACCAAAGGUACAUUAUCAGUGUUGGCCAAGAUGGAGCUAUUUUAGUAUGGAAAUUUCCCAAUUACUAAAACAUGAAGAAUAGAGUUCUCAUUUAUAUUUGCAAAAAUUGCUCCUAUCAUAUUUCAUAAUUUAUUAUCACCUCAAUUCAAAACAUUACACGGUUUACAAUUCAAAGAAAUUAUUACCUACAGAAUAUUUGAAGAGCCCCGGGGAAGAACGAUCUAAGUCACUUUUUCAGUGAACCCCAGUUAAUGGCGUCAUCUAGAAGCAAAUUGUAUAAGCUUUCUGUGGAAAAAUCAAUUUCAGGUAAAAACAAUCAGAGUCACAUUGAAACCAAGGCCCUUGUGAAAUGGCCUCCUGGACAAAUACGCCCAUCAUACCCUUUAUUUGACCUUAAUUUGGCUGAAAAGUGGAAGUCAGUUGUUGUACUGGUAUUAAACAUCAUUUGAAGUUGUUAUUAAACCCACUCGUUGUUCUGUUCGCGCCAAGUAUUCUCGUCCAAAAGUCUGUUUUGCCUUUUAUGCAAAAUGACAAAAGUGUGACUUAGAUCGUUCUUCCCCUGGACUCUUCAUUUGCUUACAUUCUAAAAUUAAAUUUUUACAACUCAUUUUGUACAUACAUUUCCAAAAUUGAUUUAAAUUUUAAUAUUUAUUACACAUGAAAACUUAUUUUCAAAGUGAUUUAUCUUUCUUCCGUUUUAAAAUAUCCAACUGUCAUUUUAUAUAAUAUUUUUACGUCUUGAAGUUGUCCUAAUUGUAUAUAUAAGGGAAAUGUAACUUAAUAAAUAUUUAUUGAAAAA